AUGAGGACCAUGAGGUUCAUGGCCGACGAGUUCAGCGAGCUCCUCGUUGGCUCGCGGCGUAGCUUAUUCAAUUGCCAUCAUGUGGAGGAGCACAGGGUUCGUUCAGUCGAUGACUCGCCACCUGCUCCACGCUCUCAAACGUUCUCUGUUGGUUCUCCAUUGGCAUUCUACGCCCUGAUUCGACCUGUCUACUUUGUCAUGAGUGACUCGGCAGCACUAAAGAUCCUGCUCAAAGCCAAAGCCUGCCCAGCGGAGGCCAGCACGCUCCGGGUGCCGAUAUCAUGUGCCAUGAAGGCCGUGAAGAAGCGUAGCGUCGGCGCAGAAGCUGCCCGUGAGACCGCUCUCACCAGGCUCAUGCGAUGCUUCGGAGGAAGUGCAAGGAGAGUCUUCCUGGAGCACCAACGUCCUGGGCACCGGCUAGUACCUUGCCGCCAUUGA